AGACGAGCCGCUCUGGAUCUGUUAGUCAUGCCUUAGCGCAAUGCACGGAAUUUGAAACUAAAACCUUUGCUAGCUGAGUUAGCUAGCUAGCUGCUUAACACCUUUUAACUUUAAUAUUGCAGCAUUGUUAAUUAUCACAUUAGACAUUAUGAAGAAGGUUGUUAGCAGUAUAUAUGCUGUAGGUUUAAUUAUUAUUUUCAUCUCAUGCGCUGAAGGAAACAGAGGAUAUUCCUAUGCAGAUUGCACGUACGUGAAGUCAGACUACGCCUCCACCUACUACGGGGGUCGGUGCUUCUGCUACACCAGUCCCGCAAUCAGAUGGAAAGACUACUGGUCCACUUUCCAGGUCCACGUGUCGAGCCAGGAGGACGUCGUGAUCGUGUAUCCGAUGGAAACCAGAACCUGCCACGACGUCGAGAACCUUCUGAAGCUCGCGACGUGUCUGAUGGAACACUACUGGCCCUCGAGCGUUCAGAAGGAGAAGACCGCGGACGUCCCGCUCAUCGAGGAGGAGGUGUACUUCAUGGUCAGAUCUCCCAGAGCCAGCGCCGAGUACACACUCCACGUCUCCAAACACAGGUUUAACAGGAUGCGAUUCUUCCUCUUCGUCUCCGGACUCACGCUCUUCUUCUUUGCCGGAGCCAUAUGCAGGAGCUCGUUAUUUUUCUACAUCUCCGGGAUUUCACUGGGAAUCGUCUCCAUUUUCGUGUUCCUGCUUCUGGUCCUGAAAAACUUCAUACCAACGCGAGGACUUUUCCUGCUGCUGUUCGGUGCCGGAUCCGGUCUCUCGUACCUGGGCAUCCAGAAGCUGAUCAACGAGCGGGAUGAGAUCAUGAGGCUGUACUGGAGAGAGCUGCUCGGUUACCUGCUCGUGUCAGGGUUUGUGAGUUUGGCAGUGUGUUACCGUCUCGGCCCCGUCACUAACAGACGCACGCUGAACGUGAUGACGUGGGCGCUGCAGGUCGCAGGCGUGCUGGUGGCGUGUCACGGCGUCACGUACACUCACGUGUCCUGGAUACUGCUGGCUGUGCUGCUGGGAUUUAAGAUCCUGCCUCUGCUGUUCGCCCUCAUCCUGGCGGUCUGGAGACAAACGUGCUGGCUGCUGUCGACGUUCCUGGGUCUGUUCCAGAGGAAGAGAUCCUCUAAGAGCAGGCUGCUGACGGAGGAGGAGUAUCGGGAGCAAGCGGAGAGACACACUAAAGCCUCUCUGGAGGAGUUGAGGAGGUACUGCACCAACCCCGGCUUUCCUGCAUGGGACACGGUGCUGAGACUCCGCGCUCCACAGAGGUUUGCCGAGUUCCUGCGUAGCGGAGCCCACAUCACGCCGUCAGAGCUGCAGAGCCACGAGCAACACCACAGCUUCGGAGCCGAGUACGCCGAAAACACACUUCUGGACUCGACACACACCACGGCUACGUCAGAGGACUUCAGCGACAACGAGACCAACACACACACACACCGAUCUUUGAACCCGAACCCCUUCACUACCCUUCCUUCCCUUCCUGCUCUUCCUGCUCUUCCUUCUCUUCCUGCUCUUCCUGCUCUUCCUUCUCUUCCUGCAAUGCCCACUCCUCCUGCCUACACAGCCUCUAUCUGCCCCUACCCCCCCACGCCCUACCCCCCUGCACCCGAGCGCCCGCUCACAGACGACGACGAGCCCUUCUGACCCGCCCGCCGCCGCCGCCGCCAACUCUCACGCCAUAAUCAUGUGUUUAAAAAAAAAAAAAAAAAAAAAAGGAUGUGUUUCUCUGCUCUUAUUUUAAAUCAUUUUAACUGGAAGACUGUUUGUAUUUGAUAUUUUAACUCUGUAUAAAUGUAAAUAACGACGCCACAUACGACUCUCGAGGGCCUUUCAUUACGAUUCAGGGAAACACUGCCCUCUAGUGUCUGUGUUACAUAAUCACAACACACAGGAAGCUGGAUUUGUUCUGAAUUUUAUCUCAAUCUUAUCCUAAUGUGCCAUCACUAUGUGUAAUAUAUAUUUUUUUAAAGUUUUAGGAGUUUUUUUUUUUAAAGUUUUGUGAGUAAGUCCAUUUUACGAUAUUGUUUGAUUCUUUUCCAUUUUUAGUUUUCUUAUUUAAUAAAGAACGAUAACACUGUA